AUGACUGACUGUGCCGCUGCAUGUCUCGGCCGCGUCCAAUUGCACCGGAGAAGAAAUGUUUGCUUGGAACCCUUGGCUUCCGAAGCUGAUGUGAUGAGGUCUAGAGCCCCCUUAUCUGGUGCACUCUCUGUGCCAUGUGUGCUGUCUGCUAAGGUCAAUCUUGUUGACAUUUCUUCGAACGCAUCAAUCGAGAGUUGCUGAGUGCACCACUGCAAUGCCUCUUCAGACGAGGCAGAUGUCUCAAAUCAAGCCAUCCGCGCCCGCGCCCGGCGAUCAUCAACGCUACCGAAACCGAUCCGACGGCGCCCGUGGCGCGCCCAGGUCCUCCGUACGAUCGCCGUCUCUCGAUACUUCCCUUGACUCGCCGCGCUUCGACCUUUCCAAACUCCCAGAAUACAUCCAUGAGCAAGAUGUUGACGAGCUCGACUGCUCCAUAUGCUCCCUCGAAGAACACAUGGACGAACCUUUCAGCCGACACAGCCCCGGUGCCCCAGAUUUUGGUGCCCAGUCAAUGAUUGGCUUGGUCCUAAAGUGUCUUUCCGAACGACAGCGCGAUUCAUACGACUGGCCUGAUAUUGAUCGAAGGAUAUGCAAGCUCGUCAGGGAAUGGUGCAGGCAGCGUGAUACACCGCGAAACAUCCAGACCGUGACGCCUUGUCGUUUCUGCUACAGGAUGCACGUUGAGGGUGACCGGUAUACUGUGGUUCAGGUCGACUAUGCCGUCGGAGUUCACCCUACCUCAGAAGCGCGUACGCGCGUAGCCGGCGACGAAUGAUAAUGAUAAAGCG